UGCAGUUCGGGUCUUCGAUCGGGAAACAAUCAUGACGCCUCUGGUCUUCUUGGCAGUGCUGGGAGUGUGCUCGGCUGGUCCCUUCACGGGAUACACCCCCGAAGUGCAGGCUGAGAGAGCACGCUUCUUCCAGAGCUUCAGUGCUGCUCAGGCUGCCGCCGCUCCCCAGCAGGCCUACUACCACCAUGCUGCCGCCCCUCAGCAGGCUCUGUACCACCACGCCGCCCCCGUGCAGCCCAAGUGGACUGGCCCCGUGGCUGCCACCGUCCCCGCCGGCGUCGACGGCACCAUCACCCCCGUCAGCGACACCCACGAGGUGGCUGCCGCCCGCAACGCCUUCAACAGCGCCUACCAGGCACAGCUGAGGGCCACCGUGGGUGCCGUCCCUGCCGUCCACGCUCACGCCCCCGCCCACCACCACGUCCCCGCCCACCACACGCCCCCACCUACCACCACGCCCCAGCCGUCCCUCAGCACAGCUUCCACCACGCCGCCCCAGUCCAGCCCAAGUGGACUGGCCCCGUGGCAGCCACCGUCCCCGCCGGACUCCCAGGCUCCGCCCCCCAGGUCGCUGACACUCCCGAAGUCGCCGCCGCCAAGCAGCAGUUCUUCAGCACCUACAACAGGCAGGCGGCAGCUGCGGCGCCCCCCUCGAGGCAUUACUACUAAACCCCACUGCCAUAAUGUAUAUAAGAUAUAAGAUCGAUUAAAAAGGAAAUAAAAUUAUAUUUCUA